AUGUUAGAUCCAAUAUUUACCAGCGAUGAUAAGAAAUAUCUUACACCUGCUCAGUUAGUAUUAGAUAUAAAGAGAGAAUUAUAUGACCACAAUGGUAGAAUAAAUUUAGUGGAGUUAGCUAAGAUCAUAGGUGUAGAUUUGGCACACAUAAAUGAUCACCUAAAUGAAGUUUUAAAAACUAAUAAGGUUAUACAGUCACUAUUGGGACAACUUAUUGAUAGCCCAUAUAUACAGUGA